AGCCAGGACAUCGCAGCUGUGUUCCUGACCAAGCUAUUUGUCCGGCUGGUGAAAUCCCAGGUCCUGGAAGCAGGACUUGAGCUGUGUUCUUUGCUGCAGCCCUCAAAAAUGAGUGAAGAGAGGGUGACAUAUGCAGAGCUGAAUUUACCCAAUUCAAGGAAACAGAAGGGCAAAAGACGUCCCAGAAAUAAAAAGAGAGGAUUUCCAUGGCACAUUGUUGCAUUAUUCCUGGGAGUUAUGUGUGUUAUCCUCCUGCUGGCAAUCACAGGCUUAAGAUCUAUAUUUUUUCAGAAAUGUCCUGCACACAUGAUGCAGAAUAAGAAUGACACAAAAGAAAAAAAUUCUUCCUUAGGAGAGGUUGAAGAUGACUCAAUUUUACCCCCUAUUAUAGAUGAAGACUAUGAGUCAUUUCAAGGAAAUUGGCACUGCUGUGGAAAAAGCUGCUACUAUUUUUCAAAAGAAGAGAAAAGAUGGGAGGAGAGUAAGAAGUCAUGUGAAGUCCGGAGUUCUAAACUCAUGAAGAUUGAUGAUAAAGCAGAGCAGAACUUCAUUCAAUCAAAAAUAAGAUACAAUUACUGGAUUGGAUUAUAUAAAGUAGGAGGUAUACAGGUGUCAUACGGGGCAUUUUGGUACAUGAUCAUGAAGCUCACACGAGAGGUUGAUGCAGGGAAUGCAGAUGUUGUACACAGCAGUGCACAGUGA